AUGAGAAUGAAGAAGGGCAACAACAUAACUUUGUUAAAGAUUUGUUUAAAUCUAAUUGAAAUCAACACUUGGGAAUUAGGAUCUUCCAGACAAGUCAGCAUCGAUAAGGGAAAAAUCAAUAUCUUAUUGGAAGGAAUUACAGUGAGUUUGGAAAGAUAAUUAGAGAAAGCAUCUGAGAUAGAUCAAUAAAUCCAUGCGUAUAAAAGACACAACAAAAUUGUAAAUUGGUAAGAUGUAUGUAUAUACAUUAAAAAGCCAAUUAAUUUAUUAUGUUAAAUGGUUAGAUUUAAUUGGAAAUUGAGUGUAAAGGCAAGGAAGGAGGGAAGGUCAAAAUAUUGUGAAAUGUGGCAUUCCUUAAAAUAAUAGAUAUACAUGACUUUUGCGCUUCUGAAUUACAAGAAUUGUUGCAAGCUGGAAGAGAGUACGAAAAAAGAAACACACUAGUUGGAAUAUUUUCAAAUAAGAUUUAGAGGCAUCUGGAAAAAUGGUGAUACCAGAGAAAUUUACAAGUAAUUUAAGGUGAAAAAAUAACAAGUGGAUAUCAAGAAUCAUGAUGAUUAGUUAUAUUGGAAACAUGGAAUGGUUUAGAUACAAGAGAUUACUACUCAUACUGGAAGAGAGGCCGACUAUGGACAGUAUAUGGUAUGGGUUCAUCAUUCAGGGAGGAUUAGAUCUAGUAUGAUGAUGAAAAGACAGCAGAGAGGAAAAAUAGAACAUAUUUUGGAAUGGAGAGGAGGUGGGGAUUGGCAAAUGGGUUAUUAUCUAUUGUAUAGAAAAUUAGAAAUUGAGUGA